ACGCAGCAUGAGGAUCAACCUGGAGAGUUAAAACUCAACGGAACACAAACACCGAAUACAACAACUUCUCACAAUAAUGGGAGUUUUACGGUUACGCCACGGAGCACGGAGGCGUAUUUUCUGACCGUGUGCGUGUCUGUUGUCAACUUUUAGUCGGGGAAUCGGUCGACGUGUUGCUCGCGCUCUAGUUUCAACAAGAGUUCUGCUUUCAGGCGGAUGGAAGUGAGUGAGACAGGUCACUUUUAGAGACAGACGGGUCGGUGUUUUAACCUGCCGGGGAGGACGUUUAACGGGUCCCCGGUUCGAUGUCCACGUUAAACUGCGCGGAGGAGCUGGACUUCAGACUCAUCUUUGAGGAGGACGGAAGACAGACAGCAGGUCCAGAUCUCAAUGUGAGGACACCUCACACCUCCACUCAGGCUCUGACCAGACAGCCCAUCCUCCAGGAGCUACACAGUCACCCUCCAUGUCUCCCCUCCUCAGACAACUACCAGCAUGUCGGAUACCAGCCACAGGGGGCCCAAUAUGGGGCCCAGGGGAACCCCAGAGCCUUUGACUGCCCCAGUAUCCAGAUAACCUCCAUAGCUCCUAACAACCAUGUGGAGCCGGGUAGUAACCAGGAAGGUUUGGCGGUGGGUGGAGCAGAGGGGGGUUACUCUGAGGCUUCCUGGUCCAGGGGCCAGCUCUACCUGCCCCUUGACCCCUGCUACAGAGACCAGGCGCUGUGCCCAAGCCCCUGCAGCAGCCUGUCCUCGAGGAGCUGGAUGUCCGACCUCUCCUCCUGUGAGUCCUUCUCCCAUGUUUACGAUGACGUGGAAGGGGAGCUGAGGGACGCCGCCUGCCUUGCUCUGGGAUCUCCCAUCGGGUCACCCAUGGGGUCCCCGGGCUGUGGGGGCGGGGCCUUCGGGGUGGAACUGUGGCAACAGAAGUACCAGCAUCCUCUAGCGUUCAGUCCACAGCUGUCGCCUCAUCAGUCACCCCGUCAGUCACCCUGUCACUCCCCCCGCACCAGUGUCACAGAGGAGAGCUGGCUGAGCCGCCGCCCCACCUCCAGACCAACCUCCAGACCGACCUCCCCGUGUGGGAAGAGACGUCACUCCAGUGCCGACCCCCACGCCCGCUCUCCCUCCCCACAUCACUCCCCAAGCCCCACGCCAGGUGCCUCGCCACGAGGUAGCAUCACUGGUGAUGACAGCUGGGUAGGUAGCCCUGCUGGCACCCUUGGCUCCCUCCUGAUGUCUGGGUACCAAGAGCUAGACGUCCCCUCCAAGACCAGGAAGACGUCUGGAAGCCAGCUGGGCCUCCUCACCAGUCAGGGUGACAUGGGGCUGGAGUCCUUCCUGGAUUCCCCCGGGGAGGAGGGACGUGAACAGGACAGCCUGGCUGAGCUCUUCCUUCAGGUGCCGUCCCACUUCAGCUGGAACAAACCCAAACCUGGAAACCCUCCUCUGUUCAGGACCUCUUCGCCCCCUCCUCUGGACUGGCCUCUGCCCAGCCAGUUUGACCAGUGUGAGCUGAAGCUGGAGGUCCAGCCUCGGUCCUACCACAGAGCACAUUAUGAGACAGAGGGCAGCAGAGGCUCCAUUAAAGCCGCGACUACAGGGCAUCCUGUUGUUAAGCUGACGGGAUAUAGCGAGCAGCCGAUCAGCCUGCUGUUGUUCAUCGGCACCGCGGACGACCGCUACCUACGGCCUCACUCCUUCUACCAGGUCCACCGAGUGACAGGGAAGAUGGUCACCACCAGCUGCCAGGAGAAGAUUAUGGGCUGCACCAAAGUCCUGGAGAUCCCCCUGCUUCCGGAAAACAACAUGUCAGCCAGCAUCGACUGCGCCGGCAUCUUGAAGCUGCGUAAUGCCGACAUCGAGCUGAAGAAAGGAGAGACAGACAUUGGACGUAAGAACACGAGGGUGCGAGUUGUGUUCAGGGUCGCCAUCCCUCAGCUGGACGGACGGAUGCUGUGGCUGCAGACAACGUCUGUUCCCGUGGAGUGCUCCCAGCGCUCGGGUCAGGAGCUUCCUCAGGUGGAGAGCUUCAGUCCCACCUGCUGCUCUGUGGACGGAGGAGAGGAGCUGCUCAUCAUUGGCUCCAACAUCUCCUCAACGUCCAAGUUCAUUUUCACCGAGAAGGCACCCGAUGGAAGAUCGCUGUGGGAAAUGGACGCCAGAGUUAUGCCUGAAAAGAGCAGAGGAUCUAGCAUCGUGGUGGAGGUCCCUCCUUACAAUAAGAAGACAAAGGACCCAGUCCAGGUCCAGUUCUACGUCUCUAAUGGGAAGAGAAGAAGAAGUCUGACACAGAACUUCACCUUCCUGCCCGCAGUCAGAGGUCACCUUCCUGCCGCUGCUGCAGUCAAACAGGAGAGAUGGGAAACAGACUGCAUCUCCCACAAUCCCCCUGGCUUCUGUCCCUCCUCCUGCCAGAUGCCCCCGUGUGAUCGUGUCCCAGAACUGGUUUAUUAUGAUUCUCGCGACCUCCCGGUGCAUUGUGGUCCAUCUUCACAGAAUCAUCCCGCUGCCUCCUUAAUGUUCCCUCACCCCUCCUCCUCUGCACCCUCUCAGACCUCCUCAGUCCUCCAUCAGACCUUUAUUCCUCCUCAGACCUUCAGGGCCCCAACUCAGACCUCUUCCCUGCCUCCUAAAACCUCCUCAGUCCGUCCUCAAGUGUCAACCAUACCUCCCCAGACCUUCAGCAUUCCCCCGCAGACCUCUUCCUUUUCUCCUAAAACCUCCUCAAUCCUUCCUCAAGUUUCAGCUUUACCUCCUCAGACCUUCAGCGUCCCCUCUCAGACCUCUUCCUUUUCUCCUAAAACCUCCUCAAUCCUUCCUCAAGUUUCAGCUUUACCUCCUCAGACCUUCAGCGUCCCCUCUCAGACCUCCUCUGUCCCUCCUCAAAUCCCCACAAUGCCUCCUCAGGCCUCUUCGUUGCCCCUUCAGACCUUCACCAUCCCUCCACUGAGGGAGCAAUCUUCCUCUCCGAGCUCCAGAAGAGUCUACGUGGCCCCUGCAGGUUCCCAGAAGGACACUCUGCUCCCCAUCCCAGGAGAGCCUCCAGGAAUCAAGCAGGAACCAGAAGACCAGCCAAAUCUGGGCUCCUUGGGCCUCCAGGAGAUCACACUGGAUGAUGUGAACGAGAUAAUCGACAGAGACAUCGGCAGUCUGACCAGCGGUGUGCAGCCCGACCAGUUUGACCAGUACCACCAGUAUGACUGGGAGCACAAGUCCAGCGACACGGCCUUACCGUUCUGUGGAGGUCCUCAGUGAUCCCACUGCUCCCCACAGGAAGUGACCGUGACUCUUCUUCUGCCGUUUGAUGUCUGGACUAACACAAACCAGCAGUCACAUUUGCACAAAGUGCAUCAAACGGAUCCUUAAGUGCCUGAGAACCAAUCAGCAGCCUCCGACGAGUCAAGACAGCUCGUCUCAUCAGGGUUUCAUAAGACUGUUUCCUCACCUGUCUCAGGAAUGUUUUCAAAGACUGAACCAAAGAAUUCUAAACGUCUCAUGGCUAAAGUUGGAGGAACUGUAAAACAAAUCAAAAGACUUUAAAGGUCACAUAUCCUCCUCCUCUUCAACCAGUUUAAAUAAGUCUCAGAGCUCCUCAAAACAUGUGUGUGAAGUUUCUAAGUUUCUAAAUCAACUCUGAUCCUGUAUUUGAUCAUGUCUAUAAACCCCUCUAUUUCAGCCCUGCUCAGAACAGGUUGUUUCUGUAGCUUUAAAUGUAAAUGAGCUGGGUCUGACCACGCCCCCUCUCUGGAAGGGCUUGUGUGUCUCGGGCUUUCUCUCUCCAUGUCCUAUUGUUUACGGUGAGAAGGCAGACUCAGAGGGCAGAACAAACACCUAGCUGUGGGAGUGUCACCCAUCUGGGGGAAGGGUUACUGCCCUUUGUGAUGUCAUGAAGGGAAAAUCUCCAAAUGACCUGUUUGAGCACACAUUUUCUGAAAAGUGGAGCAGAUAAAGGACGGAGAGGAUGGACUUUUCUCAUCAUUGGGGGGUUUGUAGACGGACUAGAGACACAUGUUAGUGUUAGAGGAACAUGGAGAAGUGGAUUUUAUAUAAUAUGUGACCUUUAAUGUCACACAAACACAAUCAGUCCCGUCAGUGCAGAGGCUAAAGCCGCACAAAAUUUAAAAAAUAAUAAUUAUAUUAUUUAUUGGCCAAUUAAUUAAGAAAUGUAUUUUUGAUACUGUGGAUCUGGUCCAGAAAAAACCUAAAGUUGUUCAGCUUCAUUUUUAAAGUUUGUUUUUUUCUCUUGUUUGUUUACAUUUCUGUCUCUGAUUAAUGUUCAUGCUGUUCAACCUGAACCUUGUGGUGUGAUGUGCCAGACACUGAUCUCUAGACAUGUAUCAAAGGUUGAAGUAAAAAGAUGAGAAAACAGAAGACGCUCUGUGUUUUUUAUAAAUGGAUUUAAGAAUGA